AUGGGGUGCGAGAAGAUAUUGCAGAGUUUGUUAUUCAUCUUUAAUUUGCUGUUUUGGCUGGGAGGCGUCGUGUGCCUGGCGAUGGGCAUUUACCUGCUUUGCAUCGCCGAUCCGAGCGAUUACUUUGCUGUUAAUGCCACGCAUCCAGGCUCCUGGCGAUGGAUCGGUUGGCUCCUCGUCGGAGUCGGACUGCCGAUCGCCCUCCUCGGCUGCUGUGGCUGCUGGGGAUCCUACAAGCUGAACCAGCCCGCCCUCCUUUGCUUCGUGCUCCUCCUCAUCGUCGUCUUUGCCCUCGAGCUCGUCGCUGCGUACAUGGCUUUUGAAAAAUCACACAACGUCCGCCGCUUCGUCGAGGCGAGCAUGUACGAUACUGUACGCAACCGCUACGGGACUGACGCGAAUUAUCGAUCGGCUAUGGACCAGAUCCAGACUUCGUUUGAAUGCUGCGGAGUAAAAUCGUACGAAGACUGGCUGGGCGCUACCUGGGACUCGAAAAUGGAGGAAGAGCCAAAGUCUUAUGAAAAGCCCGAGCAUGGCAUUGGAGCUGUGGGUGGGCGCGGAAAUGGAUUUGGAAAAGUCCCGUCAUCUUGCUGUAACGAAAAUGGCAUCAACACCUACCCCUCGAAUUGCGGAAUGUCAUUCACUCAUGCUCCUCUCAAUACUUAUACCCAAUUUUUGCAUGAGAAGGGCUGUGCUGAUGCGCUUUUCGAGUUCAGCGAGACCUGGCUUACGAUGAUUGUCGUGGUAUGCGUGGUUGCUGGUAUUAUUCAGCUCCUCGGAAUUAUCCUCACAAUGUGCCUCUGCUGCUGCGUGAAUCAGAAAAACAACAAGGAAGAGGAAUAUGCGUAU